AUGGACAAAAUUGUCCAUUCUCAGGACUUCCGCUCUAGCGAUGGGCUGUACAACCUCGUCAAAGAGAGAUACCCGGAUGUAGUAAUGAAAGGCCGUGACUUGUUUGAUGCUGCGUUGUUCAGAGACCCGGGGUCUGCGGCAGUAUUCUAUACAUUCAUGGCGGAGCUCAAGACUCAAAUUGACUCUGCUCAUCCGGCCCCCGACCACAUCGCUUCGUUCCGGGAGGGUGUCCCUCCAGAUUGCCCCGAGUGUAUUGCGAGAUCCGACGCACGGACCGCCCGUGCUGCUCGUGCCCUUAAAUGUGGUACGCUCCGGCCCGCCAUUGUUCUAUACGAUGAACCACAUCCGCUCGGAGACCACAUUGGCGCGGUCCAGACAAAUGACCUAGGGAAAAAGCCAGAUCUGUUAAUUGUGAUGGGCACCAGUCUUAAGGUCCACGGCCUUCGCCUUCUCGUUAAAUCAUUCGCCAAAGCUGUUCACUCUUCCCGCCCUUCCCCUUCCACUAACUCGACUACCUCCUAUCCAUACCUAUACAACGUCCUUUUCGUGAACCGAACUCCUCCCCCACCUGGCGAAUGGACCUCUAUCAUCGACUAUCAUAUCCAGGGGGAUACAGAUACCUGGGUUACGCAUGUUCUCGGGGAGUGGAAAAGAUCUAGGCCGGGGGAUUGGGAGGACGGCAAAGGAAAGGCCAAGGGGGAGAAGGCGAAAGAUGGCAAGGCAGCCAAGGAUAAGAGUGUCAAGGGCAAAGACGCAAACGCUACCAACGCCAAAACAGGGAAAUCGAAAUCGAAACCCCCCAAUUCCGGUCCGAGAAUCAACCCCCUCCAUCCGAAAUUCCCAAGCCCAGCACACGACUCACGAUUACGUUGCCUAAAAGAAAGGGCUUGCAUGCGGAAUUGGGAAAUCCCCUUUGCACGGUCGUGGCGUCGGCAGGAGCAAGGCCAAGCUACGAAUAGGGCUCGGGACCCCUGGCAGGGGGUUAGGGACACCCGCAAGAGGGACGCCUGCCUGGCGACAUUGCGACGCCACCCCCGAAUCCAGCGCAUACCUUUACUCCCAUGCGACCGGCUCAGAAACGACCUGUUCCUAUUUGCUCGCCUUUUAUCCAUGGAUCUAGCGCUACGCCACUUACCGGCCAGUUCCGAAUCGACGCAAUGUUCUCGCGGUCUCCGUACCCAAGAGAAUCGCUAUUUCAAGCCUAUCGCAGGGAAGACCUGGAGCUUCCGCGCCGGACCCAACGUUGGAACGCCUACGCCUGGAAGGGUGUAUGGGGCACGUAUCGUCAAAUCUCCUGUCCAACCUACUGUCGGACGGUCACCUGGGUUUGUCAGUGGGCUAUUGCGGGGGAUGAGUAUGCCCACUAGAAACGAGAUGGAGGGUGUGGAAGGGCCGGGGGUAUCUGCAUCUACCUCUACUUCGGCGUCUGCGUCGGAGUCCGGGAUCGAGACCACCGAGUCUGAAAUGGGAGCCUUGGCUUCUGCCUCGGAGUCGGAUGCGGGAUGA